AGCAAUUCCAUUCACUGCUAUUGCAAACCUCUUCUCUCUCUAUUUUAUUCCCGCGCUCGCUUACUCCGACACAAACCAAUCUCGGUUAUAUCACCGAUCACCCGAUUAAAUGGCGGACACUGUCACGUACAACGCGUUCCGUAUCACUCCACUUUCCGGCCCUGAAAAUUAUGGUCCUUGGAAGGUCCAAAUGGGGGACAUCAUCACAGAGAUGGACUUGAAUGAUCACAUCAAUCCCGAAGUUACCCCGCCCACUGAUACCGCCAAGAAAGCCGUAUGGGACAAAGCCGAUCGUCGCACGCUGUCAUCGAUCAGACUUCGUGUCGCACCUAAUAUUGUCCAACAUAUCCAGGGGGAGACCACCGCACUCGGUGCAUGGCAGAUGCUGUCUGCAUUAUUUGAGCUCAAAGGCCAAAUGGGCCUGAUUCUUGCGCGCCACAAAUUUUACUCUACCCGUGCACUCGACCAACAGCCGCUUGAACCACACAUCAAAAUGAUGCGCCAACUCCAGGGGGAGCUUCGCUCGCUUGGACAAGAAGUGUCUGACUCAGACUUUGCAGUCACCCUUCUCAGUUCGCUCCCGACUGAAUGGGACUCGUUCAUUCGCGCCAAUUUACAUGGAACAAUUAGUCCGCAGUCAAAAACUGUCAUUGCCGACAUCUUGACCGAGGAACGCCGCCGCUACGAGAAGGAUGGACUUACCCCCGAGGAACUUGCCAUUGCCAUGGCUGCGACCCACAACCGUCGAUCUGUCACCCGUCAAUCACGACAGCCCGCAUCAAACUUCGCCACGUCAUCAUCAACGUGGAAACGAGCCAUUUGCCACAGGUGUGGAGGCAAAGGACACAUUGCUCGUGUCUGCCCAUCUUCCGAGAUCGAAGAUGUAAAUGAACCCGACAAAGCACAUGCUGCGUUCGGUGUGUACGAAGAGGAGGAAAAUGACUCCGACAAUGACUACGCGCUCUGAGCGACUGAACAAUCACGCGUUAUGUAAGAAUCGGGCAGCAUGCAUCAGUGCAAUGAUUUAGGAUGCCGCGGCAGUAGGACGGAACGGAGCUAGAGCUAAUUUGGACGCACCUCGUUGGACGUUGCCAAGCAUUGGACAAUCACGCGCAUAUGGAACAUCUAGGAAUUUUAUGAAGCCCUCGCUGCAGGGGGAGUGUUGAAGAUUAGAUUAGAUCGAGCAGCUUCGGCCUUCGGGCAACUCACAUAUUGAUUACUAACAGACUGGAAACCCAUGGACAGUUACAGAACACUCUAGAUAGCCUAACAUACAGUAUAUAAGCAACCUGUAAUUAUGUAGAAGGGCAUUGGUUUGCCCUAAAGCAAUUCCAUUCACUGCUAUUGCAAACCUCUUCUCUCUCUAUUUUAUUCCCGCGCUCGCUUACUCCGACACGGGAGGACGAUGCACCAAGUGCUCAAGCAUACCCGCGCUUUGAUUCCCAAUUACCACUAUCCGUGGGAGCUCUUUGCGAUACCUUGCAUAUUCGGUUUCUGAGAGUUGAGCGGCUUCGACCAUCGCGAUUGAAAGAGAGGGAGUGAAAGAAAGGGUGAAAUAGGGUACAGCCACCAGAGAUCGCGAUCACGUGUACUCGCCGUCGGCACGUGCACAGCUAGAGACGACCGCUAGAUGCUAGUCAAACAGUCCACUGGCAGGUUCUGAUUGUAAUGAAAGCACAUAGAUACAUAUGGAUACACAGAUAUGGGUCAACAUUGCCAUGGGAGACGUUCCAUGUGCGAUAACGGGGGCCCGGUGAUGGUACAAAGGAGGAUGCCCGUGCCCUGCAGUCCAGGCAUCGCUCUCUGCAUCGCCUGCUCCAGAUAUCCAAACAGGUCUCGCACAUUGCCGAGUCCAAACGUAUUCCGCUGCACCAGCUUGCAGUGCACGCAUCUCAGAUCGAGGAGACACGUGCGCUUGCCGAACGACUCGUCGAAGGGCGCGAGGAUGGGGGUCUCUGGCCACCCCUUUUCUGGCCACAACGGCUCGAUAACGAACACCAGCUUCAGCGUCUUCAGGGCCGGCGUGCAAGAUGUCAGGCUGGAGAGCGCCGCUGGCAGCGAUGACGGGAGCCGGCGGAAAUGAUUUACAAACACCUUGACCUCGAGGGUCUGCAGCAACGGGAAACAGGGCACUCCUCCCAUCGGAUUAACAAGCGCUGUGCAAGCAUAAAAUAUCAUCGGUGUAUCUUCUAGGUACGAUGGACGCACACACCUCCGGGAUCUAGCACGAGAUCGCGCAACGUCGAUGCGCAUGCAGCCAACAGCCGCGAGUCCGUCCCCGCAUUCAUCGGAUCCAUCCGCAAUGCCAGGCGUCCCACCGCGCGGAGGCUUGGGAGCGCCUUGGGCUGCAGCAGAAGAUCAACGAUCGGCGCCAAGCCGCGGUCCCUGUCGAACAUAAUCAGGUGCGAGACGGCGCCCUCGAAACAUCCAUUGGGAAUCAGAUCCAUAUAGUCGGGGUCGACAAUCACUCGGUAGAACGAGAUAGCUUGCACCAUAGUCAUCUUGAGAAUGAACGCCGCUGGCACGCGCCGGAAGCUGAGCAGAUGGAACCGGGUGAGGGAGGGAUACGCGAGACAAUCAACGAGCGCAGCCUUCGUGCUCUCGUGCAGCUCGGACCACGCCAUCGAGCGCCCAGAAACGACCAAUCUCUCCAGGUGGACGGUGAGCUUGAGCAGUGUGCCGACAUCCUCACUGUCUGCGUUCGACAUCCUGACGGUGAUCCGGCGGACAUGCGGUGCUAUAUGCGGUGAGCCUUUCAGUAGGCAGACGGCCUGCGCGGCGGAACCUCCCCGGAAGGAAGUCUUGGGAUAGACGCGCAGUGAUCGAAAGAGCGCGACCUGAGCUCCUGGCCGGAGGAAACGAGCAGUCAGAGCGCAUGCCUUGAGCGCGCGAUUGUGCCCAUCUGACUUGAGAAGAUCCAACACAACAUCGAUAAGCUCCUGGGGCAGGGAGUUCAUGGCGAGGCGCGGUGCACAACUGGGAUAAUGCUGAUGACUCAGCAUCUUCCAUCUUUUUAUGCUCUCAGCGCGAUUCUGUCAUCGCAGUCCUCCGCGUUGGCCAUGGAUAGCUGUCUCAUAUAGGCACUACCGCUGUCUACACACCUCUCUGGACUCUGCCCGCAGAUACAGGAUUCUCUUCCUAGGGCGGGAUGAAUUCUCCUGCGAAAUUUUGAAAGCGUUACACACAGCGCAGGACGUCUGGGAAAGCAUUUCCGUGGGGACGAAUCCUGAUACAAAACACGGGCCAUCCCCCCUCCGUACCGUCGCCCAAUCCUUCUCCAUCCCCGUGCACUUCAUCCCACCAAGCAAACCCGAGUUCAGACACUGGACGCUCCCCGCGCCCUUCCAUGCGGAGCCCUCGCUUUCCUCCUCGUCGCCACCCGCGGACCACGUCUUGAUCACCGCGUCGUUCGGGCGGAUCCUCACCGCCGCCCAGCUCGACUGCUUCGCGCCUGAUCACCGGCUGAACGUCCACGGCUCCGUCCUGCCUUCGCUGCGCGGUCCUGCGCCCAUCCAGCACGCGAUAUUGUCCGGCGCACCCACGACAGGCGUGUCCAUCGCGCGGAUGCUGAAGAAGGGCAUCGACAAGGGACCGGUUUGGGCUACAUCUCAAGUGCCUGUGCGCGAGGAUGCGACAUUCACGAGCUUGCGGGACGAGCUUGCGGACCACGGGGGCAAGCUGCUCGUUCAGGUCCUCCGCAACAUGCUGGCCGGCACGGCCGCAGCCACGCCGCAGCCCCCCAUCUCGCCAACUCAGCACGCGCGGGCCAUCACAACCGCCGAUUCGAUACUCGACUUCUCAACCAUGACUGCAGACGAUAUCGUCAUCCUCCACCGUGCCAUUGGACACCAGCGAGCGCUGACCACCUGGCUGCCCCUCGGCACGCGGCUCCAGCUGCACGACCCCACCGCACUAUCUUCCCUGCACCCCCAACUCUCUUCCGAACUCACACUGUCCGAUAACCCCGGUGCCCUGGUGUACUGCAAGCCGGCCAGAAGCCUGUUCAUCCGGUGUGCCAGGGGCACGGUGCUGGCUGUCCCACGAGUGAAGAAGGAACGACGCAGCAUGUUGGAGGCACGAGAGUUUUGGAACGGGGUCAUUCAGAAUCCGCGGAUAUUCGUCGACGGAGAGGUCAGACUUGUCAGGAUGGGCGAAGAGAUGUGGUGAAGAGGCUGCAUGUAGUAUCUUGGCCACGCUUCUGCUGGAUAUCUCAAACGAUUGAUUACGAAACGAGUCCACGCGAUUUUCUACUACAGGUACACUAAUAGUCUCAAAACGUCCAUGUCGAACACC